ACACGAAAAUGUUUGUCCUCCAGCACUCCUGCUAAUUUAGAGAAGCCAAAUCAAAGCUUCUAUUUUAUCCCUGGUGUUUGUUUUUUUUUAUAGAUUAUAUAAGUAAUACCUUCCAUUUGAAGUGUGUGGGUCAGGUGGACGCAGUUUCUCUGAAUUCGAGAAAUACAGAGCUGUUGAAGACAGAGUGAGGAUGUUGGGUUUGCGACUGUUCAUACCUGCUUAAUCCUUGGUUUCAGUCUUCUGUAAAAGUUGAUCGUAACCAAUACAAACCAAAUGUAAAUACCGUAUAAGAUCUACUGGAUGAUAAGUAAUAGUGCGAAGACCCGAAUAAGGACGACGGUAUAUGUUCGAAUGGCUUCUACAGACCCCGGUUAUCCCCAAUGAUCACUUCGCAGUUCUUUCGUGACCGUUAGGGUAACCGACCGGUAAAUGUAUCCAGCUAUAACCAACAAAAUACAACGAUUUUUCCUGCUGACCACAACAACAGAAAAACCGGAUUUUGAUCUUAGUCGAAACCAAUCAUCAGAAUCUGCUACGUAUAGAACUGAGCUAAUCGUUCCUCCUUGCGAAGUAAUAUCAGCACACUCCGCCAAAAAGACUUGCAGAGUAGAGCAUCUGUGCCCAAUACUCGAGAGCGCGCGUCUGAUAGUGGUCGUGCCUAUAUGUAUGUGUAUCUGUCUGUAAGUAAGAGAGAGAGAGGGAGAGAGAUACUCAUCAUGUCUGUUGUUCGCGGGUUAUAACAGCUCCGAACGCUCGUUCGCCGCGGGUGUUGAGGCUCGUGUUAGCGGAGCGUCGUCGUGCCCACCGCCCGGACAGCGUCGAGCUUCACGCGGCCCCUGCAACUUUGUUCCAGGCGCCUACAGCGCCGCUGUGCAAUCGGUGGCGGACUUUGAGGCUCGAGCUUCAAGCUCUUGUCUCGCCUGUAUGGCAACAGACAGCCUGGAUCACUUAUCUUUGGUUUACUAUUGCCAGGCCCAGCACGCAGCACCUUAGGGCAUUGCUAGAAGACGCCGGUCAGAUAGCUAUAAUCAGCCUGAAGUUGGUGCAUAGGAAAUAGUUAGCUGCUGGGAGGAUAAAAAAGAGAAGGUAAUUCCGCAGGCAUUUGAAAAGCUAGUCUUUCUGAUCAUCGUCAAUGUGAAUGUGAUGAGAAAUCCAAGAAACAAGCCAGAGUGGCACUCGAAAGGUUAAUAAUAAUGAUGUCUGGAUAAAGCAUUUUUUCAAACAAACACAAAUGUGUGUUGCAUUCGUAAGCCGCAUUUUCAUGUGGCAACCCCAGUACAAAAUAUACAACUAAUUUGAAGUGAACGGGUUGGAUUAGUGAACCAGUUGUUUCUACGGAGUCUGCUAGUAGUUAGUGACUCCUCGUGACAGAAAGUUGUUUGUUGUGAGUGUUGAAAGUUAGUAAUUAGUUUUACUAACUAAUCACGGAGCCGCCAGGAAGUUUCACGGAUAGGAGACGAGAAUUAUACAACGGCUACAGCUUUAUAUACAGACCUUGAUUAUUGUAAGCAGGUCCCUCUUUAACGGUCAAUAUUAAUCGCACAGCAGAAAGUCAACUGUUUUUUGCUGGUAACGAAUCAUCUGGCACUACUGAAUCGGACCUUGCGUCGCUUCGUCUGCUCCAAGCACCACGCAUGGCUCAGACGUCGCCGUGGCUCCCUUGUCGUCGAUGACGGCUGCCGCUCUGUCGCCGCUCGUACAUCCCGCCACCAUAGAGGGAACUCUGCAUAGCGUACGUUCGCUUUCAAGUCCUGCAGUUCGGAAGCUUCACGGAUUGAUAGUGAAGGCAAGCGUGGUAUCUCCAGGGGGCGGUCCUAUCGGCAACUCGAUGCGUCAGAAGGGCAGCAUUUCUCUUGGGGCCGUCGGCUCCGCUAUUAAUCUCCAGAGGCCUGGUCCCUCAGAGUUCUGCUUCAAAGGGUAUAAUUUUCUCGUCACGCAUAGGCCCACCGACGCCACCCUGCCAACCUACGUCGAGGAGUUGAAGAAGCGACACGUGACGGAUGUCGUUCGUGUGUGCGAGCCGACAUACCAAACAGAGCUACUCGAAAAGGAAGGUAUUCGAGUGCACGACAUGCAAUUUGAGGAUGGCUCCCCACCCCCAGCCGCUGUAGUUGAUGAAUGGCUUGACCUAAUCCGCAACCGUUUCAAGGAGCGACCUGACGCCUGUAUCGCCGUCCACUGCGUCGCGGGACUUGGCAGGGCGCCGGUUCUGGUGGCGGUCAGCCUUGUGGAAUUAGGUAUGAAGUAUGGCGAUGCUGUGGAACAUAUUCGUGGCCGGCGUAGAGGCGCGUUCAACGCCAAACAACUAAGCUAUCUCGAGAAGUACCGUCCGAAAAAUCGCUUAAAGCAGCGGGCGAACUCUGCCGGAAGUCAACAGCACAACUGCUGUAUUCAGUAAGCGAUAGCGGCAAAAUAUCGUCAUCACCACCAUCAUCAUCGUCAUUAUCGUCAUCAUCAUCAUCAUCAUCAUCAUCAUCACCAUCGUCACUACGGUGCUAUCUCAAGUCCAACCUUAAGUGGAUCUGUGACUUCAAUUAAUGCAAUUUAACGUCCUUAAUAUAAGGCGCGUGCGAUUCGGCUGAGAAGGAAUUCGUCUGUUACAGCUUUUUAUUGAAAACACAAUUUUCAUUUAGAGGAAAACUCCGAUCAGUUAAUGAAGGUCGACAUGAGCGCAAACUAAUACAUAUGAUUUCAGUGUUGUUUUUGAUGAAUAUUCGAUACUAACCAAACUAUUACACUAAAGAAGUCCGUACCUACUCCUGAUGUAUAUAAUGACAUAACGGCAAAUUUCAAAUAGAGAUAAGGGGCAACUCUUGACACAGCCAGUUAGACAGUCAAGCUCUCACAAGUCUUACGCUCUGUUCAGCACAGUGGCUAUCCUUAUGCAGGAACGUGAUACAGUUGAUUUGCUAACUCGGUAACUCAGUGACUCGGUACUGACGAGCCAACCUUUCAUUACGAGCUGCGGACGAAGCUAUACCUGAUAAAUGAAAAUUCACCGACCAACUCAGCGUCGAAUAAGUUAACAUGUGGUACUUUAAAGCUAUUCCGUUGGUACCACUUGCUUGCUGGGGAAUCCACUCGGAGAUCGAGUUGUUUGGAGGUGCCUUUAAUCUACUUGAUUAAUCAACUGAAUUUUCACUUCUCAAGGCAAGCGACUAUAUACGAGAAGGUUACAAACACAACGGAGAGCUAUUGUUCGUAUAGGUCACGAGCCCGAUGGAUCUGUUAUAAAUGAAUGAUGACGACACAAUAUUUACCUCGAAAGCACAUCAUAGAAGUUAUAAAUCACGUGUUAAUCUCUGUAUGGUUUUAAAGAUUGAUUCGCAUUCAAUGCUAUGUUAGCAGUGGUACGCGUCUGCAAUCCAUAAAGGCAUCUGACUGGAUAGCGACUGUCUACCACAAGCAGUAAAUUUAUAACUAUUAUAGGAUAUUCGAAUUCAUUUUAUCUUUUUCCUUUUUUCUGGUCUUCGUUUUGACAUGACGCUGUAGCGUCGUAUCUUUUGGUGUCUCCCAGGACACAUAUUCAAGAGCGCACGAUGCCAGAUCGCAAAAUGUCCGACUUUUAUCUUCAAACUGUCUAUUUCUGGAUUGUUCAUAUGUUGUGAACAACGUCAAGCUGUUGACGCCUUCUUUUUUUAUUUCGUUUUUGUCUGAUUUCCUGGGAAAGCAAUAAUUUAUAUACAGGGGGUAUUAAUUAAUAAUAGUACUUUUAAUAGGUUUUGUUGAUAUUUUUACUCCAGCGAUGUCCCGCCACUACCAUCUACAUGGUAAAGACGGAAAGGCCUUCCCGUCAGCAUAAAAUAUAUUUUGAAAAGUUAGCGUCUUCUGCACGUCUGUAAAUCAACAUCUGAACCGAUUAUGAAAUAAAGUGAAAGACAUUUCGUAAGAAGUA